AUGGCCGAGGCUCCCGACUCUCCGCGCCGCCCCGCCGCGGGCAAGCGCGAAGCGAGCGGUGCGGGAGCGGCGAGAGCCCGCUGGCGGCUGCUCGGACAGGUUCUGAAGAAAAAGCAUUUGAAAGAUGUGCAUCUCCAACAAGUGUCUGUAAGAAGGUUCACAUCAUUCAAUCUCUUUUCAAUAGAAGACCAGAAUACAGAAGAGGAAACUGGGACCUGGCUUCAGUAUAAAAGCAUCUUUUAUCCUGAGUAUAGUGUGUCUUUAAGAUUUAACAACGGACUCUUAAAUGUUCAAGAUGUUCUUACAAGUUUUGACAACACGGGGAAUGUCUGUCUCUGGCCGUCUGAAGAAGUGCUGGCUUACUACUGCCUAAAGCACAAUGAAAUAUUCAGGGACCUUGCUGUGUGUGAGCUAGGGGGUGGCAUGACAUGCUUGGCUGGGCUCAUGGUUGCUAUUUCUGCAGAUGUCAAAGAAGUUCUGUUAACUGAUGGAAAUGAAAAGGCCAUCAAAAAUGUAAGUGAGAUCAUCACAAGAAACUACAAUGCAGGAGUAUUUAAAGCUCAGAAAGUGUCAAGCUGCAUUUUACGAUGGGAUAAUGAGACAGAUGUCUCUCAACUGGAAGGACAUUUUGACAUUGUUAUGUGUGCUGACUGCCUGUUUCUGGACCGGUACAGAGCUAGCCUUGUUGAUGCAAUAAAGAGAUUACUCCAACCCAGUGGAAAAGCAAUGGUAUUUGCUCCACUCCGAGGAAAUACUUUAAACCAGUUUUGCAAUCUAGCUGAAAAAGCUGGUUUCUCUAUCCAAAGACAUGAAAAUUAUGAUGAACACAUUUCGAACUUCCACUCCAAGUUGAAAAAUGAAGAAAAAGAUACAUAUGAGGAAAACCUCCAUUACCCUUUUCUUCUCAUUUUAACCAAACACAGAUAGAAGAUGACACUUUUUUUUUUUUGUUUUAAGGUGGACUGCUGAAAAUUAAUCCAUGUAUGUGGAUGGUCAAGGAGUGGGGAGGGUUCAGUUCCCCCCCUUUUGUUCCUGAGUCAUCAUUAGAGAAAUAUUUCUAAUCUAAAUGCUGAGGAAAAUAUCGUGGCUUGUUUCACAGUGUGUAAACAUUGAGACAUCUUUUUUUUUUAAUCAUUUUAGAACUUACUUUUCCAAUUAUAUUCCAGCCUAAAACUGAUCAGACUUCACAUGUAUGCAUUAACAACGGUGUAAAGCUGGCUUCCUUCUCUUUUGUGCCUUUAAACUUGCAUGUACUUUGUUAACCUCUUUAAAUGUUAUUUUUGGGAUGUAUUUGAAAAUAUGUGAAUAAUACACUUUGUGGGCUUAUAUAACUGGUUAUAAAGUAGUAAAUGCAUUCACAUUUAAUUAGUAAGGAAA